AGUAUAACUUGAUAUUGUCGUUUAGUCGCCAUUUUUAUUGUGUUUUUCGUCAAAUUAUUUGAUUGUAUUGUAUCGAAAAAAUAUUAAUUUAACAUCUCUAUUAGGAGAUACCUAUGUCAUUAUAAUAUUUAAUAAUAUUAACAUCACUCGGCGUGCCACGUCUAUAUAUAAUUGUAUUUUCAAGUGAUCAUUGUACAACAGCAAGAGACAGAUGGAUAAAUAUGAAAGAACAACGAGAGAGCAAAAGGAACAACAAAUAGAAAACAAGACAUCACCACAUACUCAUAACGGUGGUUGGUGUUCAAUUCGUAUACGCCAACAAAUCAAUAACUUUACGUCGGAGUUAAAGAAUAGGAACAAUAUCCAGUAAGAAGUCCAAGUGAUCAUUAUGCAGUCAUUAUGCAGUAGAAAGAGACGGAUAAACAUGACAGAACAACGAGGUAACAAUCGAAGCAAAAAUAAAGAACAAGUCAUCGCGUACGAAUAGAUGUUCAAUUCAUCUACGUUAAUUCAAUAACUAUGUCGAGGGUGAUCAUUAAUCAUUAUGCAGUAGAAAGAGACGGAUAAACAUGACAGAACAACGAGGUAACAAUCGAAGCAAAAAUAAAGAACAAGUCAUCACGUACGAAUAGAUGUUCAAUUCAUCUACGUUAAUUCAAUAACUAUGUCGAGGGUGAUCAUUCUGCAAUAGCAAGAGACAGAUGAACAUGACAGAUUUAUCAUCACAAAUCUCAUUGCAGACAGAAUUUUCAAUCGAGCUCUUCUCCGCAACAUAAUUGAAAUCCGAGGUAUCAUUAUUUACGACAACAGAAAUGACAGAUUCCACACCAAAUCUAAACAGGGAUCAUAAAUACCCCAAAAUACAUUUUUCAACGUUGCUGAUCUCUGCCGUGCUGCCUUGAGUAAUAUUGUGCUCAAGAGAAACGCUGGUCAUAACAAAUGGUCCAAUAUUAAGCACAUAAAAGGGGCCAACGACCAGCAGAAAUCACUAUUGUUUGCCAAAUUUAGUCGUCAGAUGAAACUAGCUAUUAGAGAACAAAAUGAUUCAAAUCCUGAAACCAACUCUAAGUUGGCAUCAAUAAUUGAAAUAGCCAAAAAGAACAGUAUGCCGAAAGAUACUAUCUUAAAUACUUUAAAAACACAAUCAAAUAGUAAAGCAGAUAUACAUUGGCACGAGAUUAAAGGACCUAGAGGUUCAAUUAUACUGGUUCAAUCAUUAACAGAAAAUGUAAGACUACUAAAGCAAAAUUUAAACACUUUAGUACGAAAAUCAGGUUUAGCAUAUUGUGAUUCUGGAGCUAAGCAUUUAUUUAUUCAUAAAGGAAUCCUAAUAGCUAAGCCAUCACCAGAUUUGACAAAUGCAGCAGAAGAUUGUAUAGAACAUGCAAUUAACGCUGGAGCUGAAGAAGUAGAAACUGACAGCGAUGAUUUGGAACCUGGCCAUUUUAAAGUAACUUAAUAAUUUUAUCCUUUAU